AUGACACACACAGUUAAUAAUUUUAAUUUUAAUGAUAUUUGGAUAAAAAUAUCAGAAGGUCUUGAACAUAUUUAUCAUAGUAAAAAAAUGUCACCGAAUGAAUAUUGCGAAAUUAUGGUUUACAAUUGUUGUACACAUGCUCGAUUACAAAGGAAUUCAUUAGGAAGAGAAAGAAUAUCUACUCGAAAUAAUCGACAAAACAAUCUACAUGAUAGAGAAAAUGCUGCCGAUGCGGAAUUAUAUACCAAAUUGAAAGAUUAUUUAAAAAAUUAUUUGAAAGAAAUUCGUGAGAAAGGUCUUGCUUUAGAAGGUGAUAGUUUACUUCGUUUCUAUGUUAAAAAUUGGGAACACUAUCAUUUUUCAAGCAAAGUGACAAAUGGUUUUUGCCAUUAUCUAAAUCGACAUGGGAUACGACAACUAUAUGAUUCAGGAAGAAGAGAUGUUUAUGAAAUUUUCACUAUGGCAUUGGAAGUUUGGCUACUUGAUUUCUUUCAAACAUUUCAAAGUCAAGUAACAUUAGCAUGCCUUCAAUUAAUCGAUGUCGAGCGUCAAAGUGGAGCAAUUAAUACUCAAUUAAUUCCUACAGUGGUACAAAGUUAUAUCGAACUUGCCUUAUGUGAAAAUUCAUUGUUACCAAAUAAUAGUGAUCAAAUCACAUCUUCAAGAUUGCAAAUUUAUAAAGAUUACUUUGAAGUACCAUUUCUUCAACAUACAAAACAAUUUUAUCGUCAGAAAGCAACUGACUUCCUUCGUCAUAAUUCUACAUCUGAAUACUUUAAAAAAGUACAACAAUGGAUUGAUGAAGAAUUAUAUCGAGUACAAUCAUAUUUACAUGAUUCAACAUCAGUACCUUUAACUGAAAUACUUAAGCAAGUAUUCAUUCAUGAUCAACUUGAAGCAAUCUAUCCUGAAGCAAAAACACUUUUACACGAUAAAAAAUAUUCAGAUUUCAUAUUUCUAUUCAAAUCAGUUAAUCAUAUAAAACAUGCGACUGUUCAAUUGAAAAAAAUUUUUGAAGAAAAUUUUUGUCCAAAAGGUAUUGAAUCUAUGGAACGAAUCAGUACCACUGCAAUUGAUGAUCCGAAACUUUAUGUUGAAACAAUUCUUGAUAUUCAUAAAGAAUUUUUCCAAGUUGCACAAAAAGUUUUUGAUAAUGACGAAUAUUUUAUUGCUUUUGUUGAUAAAGCUUGUGGAAAUUUUAUUAACCAUAAUGCAGUAACAGUAGCUGUUGAUAAUGCUAGAAAAUCAGCUGAAUUAUUAGCUCGAUAUUGUGAUAUACUUUUACGAAAACGAAAUAAAAUUAAAAGUGAAAUUGAUAUUGAUAUUGAAGAGAAAUUCAAUCAGAUUAUGAUAGUUUUUAAUUAUAUUAAAGAUAAAGAUGUUUUCGAAAAAUUUUAUAGUAAAAUGUUAGCCAAACGUUUAAUCGGUAAAUUAAGUGCAUCGAAGGAUUAUGAAGAAUCAAUGAUUUUAAGAUUAAAACAUGUAUGCGGUUUUGCAUAUGCAUCAAGAUUACAAAAAAUGUUUCAAGAUGUUAGUGUUAGUGAAAAAUUAUUAGAUGAAUAUCGAAAAUAUUCUACAAAAGAAAAUAUUGUUGAUUUUUCUGUAAUGGUUGUUAGUUCGAAUUCAUGGCCAUUUUCCGCACUACCAAAUUUUAUUAUACCAACUGAACUUAAACAAACAUUUGAGAGUUUUACAAAAUUUUAUAUUCAACAACAUAAUGAACGUAAGUUAACAUGGUUGCAUCAACAUUCAAAUGGAGAGUUACAAAUAUUUUAUACUGACAAAAAAUAUAUUCUACGUGUAUCAAUAUAUCAAAUGGCUGUUUUGCUUCUAUUUAAUAAACUGUCAAGUUAUACCGUUGAACAAAUGCAAGAUAAAACACAAAUCAAAAUUGAUUUUUUCUUGCAAGUUCUUUAUAGUUUAUUGAAAAGUAAAUUGCUUACAUGUUCAGAAAUUACUGAUAAUAAAAUUGAUGAAGAUUAUAACAAAAAUGAUAUUAAAAUGAAUUAUACUAUUCGUAUAAAUGAAAAUUUUUGUAGUAAAAAUAUACGACUAAAUUUGAAUGUGCCAUGUAAAUCAGUCGAACAAAGAGACAUAGAAAAUUUACAUCGAACAAUUGAUGGUGAUCGACAAAUUAUUAUUCAAGCUGCAAUUGUUCGAAUAAUGAAAGCUCGGCAAACUCUAAAAUCCGCAUUACUAGAACAAGAAGUUAUUCAACAACUAAGUAAAAGUUUUGAAUCCAUAAUACCAUCGAUCAAAAAAUGUAUUGAUAUAUUAAUUGAAAAAGAAUAUAUUGAACGGCAACCAAACGAACAAGAUACGCUACGUUACUUGCGCUAA